CAACACUUGUCUUCAUAAUGCAACUGGUUCCGCCCUUAACCAGUCAACUUCAUCCACCUCUAUAAAUAAGUCUCACCACAGAAACUGAGACUCAACAUUCAAAAUUAUUCCUCAAACUUGAUCAAUUUUUAGGAAGAAAGUAUGUUUCUGUUGGAUUGGUUUUAUGGAGUGUUGGCAUCACUAGGGUUGUGGCAGAAGGAUGCAAAGAUAUUGUUUUUAGGGCUUGAUAAUGCUGGCAAAACCACUUUGCUUCAUAUGUUGAAAGAUGAGAGAUUGGUGCAGCAUCAACCUACACAAUACCCCACAUCAGAGGAGUUGAGCAUAGGGCAAAUUAAGUUCAAGGCUUUUGAUUUAGGAGGACACCAGAUUGCUAGAAGAGUCUGGAGAGACUACUAUGCCAAGGUGGAUGCUGUUGUUUAUCUUGUUGAUGCAUAUGACCGAGAGAGGUUUCCAGAGUCAAAAAAGGAAUUGGAUGGGCUUCUGUCAGAUGAGUCGUUGGCAAAUGUUCCAUUUCUCAUUUUGGGAAACAAGAUUGAUAUACCAUAUGCUGCUUCAGAAGACGAGCUGCGUUAUCACUUGGGCCUAACUGGUGUGACCACUGGCAAAGGUAACGUCAACCUCGCUGGUACAAAUGUCCGUCCAAUUGAGGUGUUUAUGUGCAGCAUUGUGCGCAAGAUGGGAUAUGGUGAGGGCUUCAAGUGGAUGUCUCAAUAUAUCAAGUAGGAGAGUUUACCACAAAGGACAUCUUGGCAAAAUUUCAUCUCUUUGAUCCCAAGCAUUUGGAUAAAAAAACUAUAGUUUUGCACUAGCUUCUUUCUAGUUAUAGUUUAUUCUACUUUCCGUGUAUUUGUGGAUCUAAUAUCUGUAUAUAGUAUAAUGGGCUUAGCAGAGAAAAAAUUAAUGGUAAAACUGGCAGUCUUACUAGUA